CUGGGAUCCUUACACCAGGAAGAGGAAGCAGGAAGAGAAAGGCCCUCCCAAGUAGAAGAGGAAGGAAGACAUAGCUCUCAGAGGCCCCUACAGCUUUUAGUAGUCACUGUAUCCUGAAAGAGACAUUGGGGGGAGGGCAGGGGAGGAAGAGGAUCUGAGCCCACUUUGAGAUCUGAAGAAGAUAAGAAAAAGGACACAAACAGAAGAAAAGAAAGAGAGAGCUAGACAUUGAAUACCUGCCAAGAUUAAAGACAAGACUGAGGUUAAGAAGUCAAGGUUGGUGUGAACAUAGAAGCAGAGGACCACAUAUCACUUUGAGGACCAGGGGAUUUCUCAGACUGACAAUUCUUCCAAAGUGAGAGAAGUGAGGGCCACCCAGGUCAGUACCCUUGCUAUGCGCUGUUGUCUCAUUGUGGGUGUUGCUCUUGGCCUCCUGCUAACACCCUUGAUUGAGGCCAGGCGCUGCUACUAUUGUGACAUCGCUAACUUUAGAACAUGUGUGGGUGUCCAGAUAACCUGUGCAGAAGAGAAUGACUGCUACAUAGGCCGUGGUGCAGUCCGUGGUCUCCCAACAAUCAUCAGCAAGGGCUGCUCGAAGGCUAGCCACUGUGGACGAGUGCGACACGUCACAUACAUGGGCACCGCUUACAAUCUGAUUACCUCCUGCUGUCAGGCAGAGCUGUGCAACAUGGGCUCUGAAGUUCAAAACAAGACUCUAAUGGAUGUAGCUGCUGCUGCUGCCACCAACCUGUCUGCUAAGACUUUCCUGAUGGUGUUGCUUUUAUUUCUGCUCUAAGCAUAAGAGGAUGAAUUCCUGCCUUGCUCCAUCUAGGCCCCAUCCUCUGCCCCUCUCCCUACAUCCCUUCCUCAUGUGAAUCGCACCAAUAAAAUAGCUGG